AUGGCCGAAGGACAAGGAACUUCCUUUUAUUCAACAGGUGAAUAUGCAUAUGAUGUGUUUUUGAAUUUCAGAGGAGCAGAUACUCGUGAAGGAUUUACCAGCCUUCUCCUCAACCAUCUGAAAGAGAGAGGAAUCCGAACCUUCUUUGACGAAGACUCGCUUAGAAGAGGAAAACAAAUCAACUCCUCCCUCUUAAGAGCCAUCGAAGAAUCGAGGGUUGCCGUCGUUGUAUUCUCUCCAAACUAUGCGUCCUCAAAGUAUUGUCUGGAUGAACUUGUCCAUAUCCUCGAUUGCUGUAAGGGUAUCGACCGGUUGGUUUUGCCGGUUUUCGUGGACGUGGAUCCCUCACAAGUAAGACAUCAGAGUGGGGCUUAUGGUGAAGCCUUGGAUAAGCACGAGAAACAGGAUCACGUUGACAAGCAGAAGCUUCAAAGAUGGAGGCAAGCGUUAACUGAUGCAGCUGAUUUGUCAGGCUGGCAUAUUCAACAAGGGUAUUUGGCUAAUACUCACACUAUAAAUGCUAUAUCAGGGCAAUGA